CGGCUCCCGAAUGUGAUGUUUGCAGACGCCGUGGGUGUUUCCCCGCUCAUUCCUCCGCUUUAACUAGCCCGAAAGCACGCCGGUGGAUCUACACGGCGAAAUCUGAAGGACGUUCUCGGAAAAAAACACGAACUAAAGCGGUUUUCUUGUCUGAGAGCGUGGAUUUACCGUUAUCCAAGUUGGUAACGGCUGCAGGAGCACUGACUGUGGGGAGAAAUGGGCACUUUACGCGAUCUCCAGUACGCGUUACAGGAGAAGAUUGAAGAAUUGAGACAGAGAGACGCGCUUAUCGACGAGCUGGAGUUGGAGCUCGACCAGAAAGACGAACUCAUACAGAAGCUACAGAAUGAGUUAGACAAGUACCGAUCCGUGAUAAGACCCGCAACUCAACAAGUCCACAAGCAGAGUGCCCUUCAGGAGCACCAGAGGACCAAGAGACAGGCGAUCUCAGCCGAACCCACAGCCUUUGAUAUCCAAGACCUCAGUCACGUCACUCUGCCUUUCUACCCAAAGAGUCCACAGUCUAAAGAACUAAUCAAAGAGGCCAUUCUUGACAACGACUUUAUGAAGAACCUGGAGCUGUCUCAGAUCCAGGAGAUUGUAGACUGCAUGUACCCUGUGGAGUAUGAUAAAGAGAGCUGUAUCAUCAAAGAAGGUGACGUGGGCUCCCUGGUCUAUGUCAUGGAAGACGGCAAGGUGGAGGUGACCAAGGAGGGCAUGAAACUGUGUACCAUGGGACCUGGGAAAGUUUUCGGAGAGCUCGCCAUUCUAUACAACUGCACCAGGACCGCUACGGUACAGACCCUCACAAAUGUGAAGUUAUGGGCCAUUGACCGGCAGUGUUUCCAGACCAUCAUGAUGAGGACAGGACUCAUCAAACAUGCAGAGUACAUGGAGUUCCUGAAGAGCGUUCCCACAUUCCAGGGCCUCCAAGAAGAAAUCCUCAGCAAGCUGGCUGAUGUGCUGGAGGAGACUCACUACAGUGAUGGAGAGUACAUUAUUAGACAAGGUGCCAGAGGGGACACGUUCUUUAUCAUUAGCAAAGGAAAGGUGAAUGUGACUCGAGAAGAUGCACCCAAUGGGACUCCUGUCUAUCUGCGUGCAUUAGGAAAAGGAGACUGGUUUGGAGAAAAAGCUCUUCAAGGAGAAGACAUCAGGACGGCUAAUGUCAUCGCUGCUGAAGCAGUUACCUGCCUCGUCAUCGACAGAGAAUCCUUCAAACACUUGAUUGGAGGUCUUGACGACGUCUCAAACAAAGGCUAUGAUGAUGCUGGCGCCAAAGCAAAAUACGAGGCGGAGAAUGCCUUCUUCUCCAACCUGAAGCUGGUGGACUUUAACAUCAUCGACACCUUGGGAGUUGGAGGAUUUGGGAGAGUUGAGCUGGUGCAGCUCAAGAGUGAAGAGACCAAAACAUUUGCAAUGAAGAUUCUGAAGAAGCGUCACAUUGUGGACACGCGACAACAGGAGCACAUCCGCUCUGAGAAGCAAAUCAUGCAGGAGGCACAUUCAGACUUCAUUGUAAGGUUGUACAGGACUUUCAAAGACAGCAAAUACCUGUAUAUGUUAAUGGAGGCCUGUUUAGGAGGAGAGCUUUGGACCAUUCUUAGAGACAGAGGAUCAUUUGAAGACUCCACUACAAGGUUUUACACAGCCUGUGUGGUUGAAGCCUUCGCUUACCUGCAUUCCAAAGGAAUAAUCUACCGGGAUUUAAAGCCAGAAAAUCUCAUUCUGGAUCACAGAGGAUAUGCCAAGCUUGUGGACUUUGGCUUUGCUAAAAAGAUUGGAUUUGGGAAGAAAACGUGGACUUUCUGUGGAACGCCGGAGUAUGUAGCCCCAGAGAUCAUACUUAAUAAAGGCCACGACAUCUCUGCAGAUUACUGGUCAUUGGGAAUUCUUAUGUAUGAACUCUUGACCGGAAGCCCACCGUUUUCAGGACCAGAUCCAAUGAAGACUUAUAAUAUCAUUUUAAGAGGAAUCGACAUGAUAGAAUUUCCAAAGAAGAUCACCAAAAAUGCUGGAAAUCUCAUUAAAAAACUAUGCAGGGACAACCCGUCUGAGCGGUUAGGAAACUUGAAAAAUGGAGUGAAAGACAUCCAAAAGCACAAAUGGUUUGAAGGCUUUAACUGGGAAGGACUGCGGAAAGGAACUCUCAUUCCUCCUAUUAUUCCUGAUGUUGCAAGCCCGACUGACACCAGUAACUUUGAUAGCUUUCCUGAGGACAACGAGGACCCUCCUCCUGAUGACAACUCUGGCUGGGACACUGAUUUCUAAAAACUGAAACCCAAAACAUGUCCUGCCCUGGAACGUCCCGUGCGGUUCAUCAUCCCAAAGAUGAGCAAAGAGGACAAUGAAGACGUCAAGCCCAGCUCUGUGACACCAAGUUGCCUUUGCCCAUGCUUCUGUCCCAUGGAGAAACUGGGGGCGUCCCAGCUCCCACCGCACCCCGUGACUCAAAACUGUCCUAAUAAUACAGACAGGAGUGUGUAUUUACGACACAGCCUUGCAUAUGGACUCAAGCCUUGGGCUGGAUCUGAUAUAAAACAUGAGCCCUUAAUAUUUUUACUCUGCAGUUUUAUGUUUGACAGAUUGCACAAGCAGCAUUUUCUAAAAAAAAAAAAAAAAAAAAAAAAAAAAAAACAGAAUUAUAAAAGUAGAGACACGACUGUGAUGGAUUUUAAUUUCUGAUUGAAUUGCAUAGCUGUGUGUAAAUGCAUUUGCAACAAAGACUCUAAUGUGACAUACUUGCUAAGGCCUUAUUAUGGAUAUAAAUUGAUUGGUUUUAAAUUUA